AUGUUCGUCCUGCUCGCUCGGGCCCUAGGCUGCCGCGCAGCGACGCUUCACGGCUCCAGUCGCGGUCUGCCGGCCGUCGCGACGCUCGGGGCCGCUCCGUCGCGCCACUCUUUCGUGUCAUGUGGGCACGUGAAAUGCACUGAAUGUGGCUGCCCGCUCGGCUCCCGCCCGAGUGUGUGUAGUGGUAGUGCGGAGGCGCGCACGGCUCCAAAGUGGUCGGAGGCGGGGUGUUCCGUUGCUGCGUGCCCUGGUGCGGGGCGCGCGCGGCGGCGCCCGACGACGCCGACUAUGCCC